AAUCCCAAUCCCCCCGAUCUCUCUCUACUCUCUGCUCUCUCUCUCUCUCUACUUUCUCUCUCUAAAAACCCUAGCUGACGAUCGGCGGGACGUCCAUGGGGCGCGAUUCAUUGGCGAAGUUGCUGGCGCCGGGGUUCCGGUUCCACCCCACCGACGAGGAGCUGGUCCGGUACUACCUGAAGCGCAAGGUCUCCGGCAAGCCCCUCCGCAUCGACGCCAUCUCCGACGUCGACGUCUACAGAUGCGAGCCCUGGGAUCUCCCCGAUAAGUCGAAAUUGAAAACUAGAGACCGUGAGUGGUACUUCUUCAGUGCGCUGGAUAAGAAGUAUGCAAAUGGGUCAAAGACAAAUCGUGCCACAGAGAAUGGUUACUGGAAGACGACAGGGAAGGACAGGCCAAUCUUUCAUUACUCUCGAACAGUUGGAAUGAAGAAAACUUUGGUUUACCAUAAUGGGCGAGCUCCACGUGGACAGCGCACUAAUUGGGUUAUGCAUGAAUAUCGUCUCACCGAUGAAGAAUUGGAGAAGGCUGGAAUUCCGCAAGAUUCAUUCGUGCUGUGCAGGAUUUUUCAGAAGAGUGGUCCCGGCCCAAAGAACGGGGAGCAAUAUGGUGCCCCGUUCAUUGAGGAGGAGUGGGAGGAUGAUGAUGUGGCUCUGUUUCCUGAUCAGGAGGCAAUGGUGGUUGUUGAUGAUGAAUAUGUUGAGGCAGAUGACUUGGAUCAGAGUAUUGAUGUUGGAAUUGAAUCUGGAGAUGCUCCAGUUCCUCUGAACUUCCAUCAUGGUGAGACAAGCCAGGGCACUGAGCACUCAAAUGACCUCACUGAAGAUGAGCAAAAGCCUCUGAUAGAAACCAAUGCAGUUCAAGCCGGUUCGCAACAGCAGGAUGAGCAGUUCUUUGUUUUACCAGAGCAAUACCGGAGGGAGAUGAAAGCCAUUGAGAAGGGAUACAUUGACCAAUCAGAUGAUAAUGCCAAUCCUGUGGAUGCCAAUUACUUUCUCAAUGGGCCAUACUUAGAUGGAGCUGAAGAUCACCUUCCAGGAGAUGAGUUCUACCUCCAGACAAAUGACCUUGCUAAUCUCCUUGGGGAGGAUGCGGCAGAUUUUGCUGUUGACGACUACCUAACAUUCUUUGAUGCAGAUGAUGAGAACGUCUUGCCAUAUGAAUCCUCUCAACUUCCAUCUGAAAAUGCGCUUUCUGAUCACACACUUAAUGCCGAGCAUGUUAAUGGAGGAAAUGAAGAAGUCCCUCUGGCAGGAGGCAAUCUUCCUUCAGAAUCUUGCAGUAAGGACUCUGCGUCAACUUCGAAGCCACAUUUGGAUUCAAAGGACCCUGACGAAAGUUUCAAGUAUCCAUUGAUGAAAGCAGCCAGUCAAAUGUUAGGCAGCUUCCCUGCUCCUCCUGCUUUUGCUGCAGAGUUCCCGGUGAAAAAUGUGGCACUUCAUCUCAAUUCAGCUGCACAGCCUUCAAGUUCUGCUCAUGUUACUGCUGGCAUGAUAAGAAUAAGAAACAUGAAUUUGGUUGGCAGUGGAAUGGAUUGGUCAGUUGGUAAGAAUGGAGAACUCAAUAUCGUUCUAUCUUUUGGGAUGUCCCAAGCUGAUGUCAGCCCCAUCAAUUCUGGCCUGCUUUCUCGCAAGACACCAUCAGUGGUUUCAUGGAGCUGGUGCUUCUUUUUGUUCUUUUGGAUUAUACUUAUCUCGGUCAGCGUUAAAGUCGGGACCUCUAUCUACUCAAGGUAGCAGGAUACUGGAAAAGGUGGCAAUCUCGGCCACUGGAAUGGAGAUAGCAGAUAAAAACUCACAUAGGAAUAUACUAUUCUAGUUAUCUUUCUGGAGGACUCUGACAUAUUUUGCUUAAGUUAUCCUAUGUCAAGUGCAAAACUAUUGCUCGGCCUUUUUUAAUAUGUACCGACGAUGUUGAACCCCGAUGUUGAUGGGUAUCUGUUGUGGCGUUUGUUGUAUUUGCUACAGCCCAUGGAUAGGAUUGGAAUCAUCAGAUCAAUGUGUAUGUCAGCUCCAUUUUUUCGUUCC